AUGAAAUUCUUCACAUUUGUCACUCUCUUAUCAAUUGCCAUUUCCACGGUGUCUUCCACCAUCGUGCCAGGCACCUACUUUGAUCGUUUCUUUUUGAUUAUGUUUGAAAACACCAACUAUGCAACAGCAAUAAAAAACGCCUAUUUAAAAGACUUGACCAGUCGUUCCAAUGGUCUUCUCCUUACCAAUUAUUUCGCAGUCGCUCAUCCAUCCGAGCCCAAUUAUGUUGCCACAAUUUUCGGUUCAACCGCUGGUGUCACAAAUGAUGGUGAUUAUAAUAUCACUGGACAAAAUCUGGUCGACCUUCUUGAAAAUAAACAAAUCAGCUGGAAGGCUUACAUGGAAGAUUACCCUGGAAACUGUUUCACUGGCGACUUCGCACCUUCGGGAACCGAUAACUACGCGAGAAAGCACAAUCCUUUCAUCUCAAUGCAAGAUAUAAGCUCAAACUCCGCCCGUUGUGCAAAAAUAGUUCCCGGAACCCAACUUGAUGCAGACAUUAACGCAAAUGCCGUACCACAAUUCGCCUAUUACGUCCCAAACCAACAAAACGACGGUCAUGAUACUGGCUUGUCAUUCGCGAUGAAUUGGUUCCAGGGUUGGUUUGAACCAAAACUUUUGAGACCAGAAUUUACCACAAAUACAUUAUUCUUUAUCGUUUUUGAUGAAUCGGGUAGCGGAUCCAGUAAUCAGGUUUUUGCUGGCCUUCUCGGUUCUCCCGUUGUCCCUCCUGGUACUCACAAGGAUGCUACCUCUUGUAACCAUUAUUCGAUCUUGAAAACCCUUGAGAAUAAUUGGAAUUUGGGAAAUUUGGGCAGGAAUGAUGUUAGCGCGAAUCCGUUUACCACUUACUUGCACCAUCCUUAA